AUGAAGGAUGAAACGACUGCUCCCCAUUACCUCUUCCCGCCUCCCCGUUUCCCCUUCCCGCCUCCCCAAUUCCCCUUCCCGACACCCCAUUUCCUCUUCCCGCUCCCCAUUACCCCUUCGCGCCUCCUCGUUUCCCCUUCCCGCUCCCCAUUACCCCUUCCUGCCUCUGCAAUUCCCCUUCCCGCCACCCCAUUUCCUCUUCUCGCUCCCCAUUAUCCCUUCCCGCCUCCCCGUUUCCCCUUCCCGCACCCCAUUACCCCUUCCCGCCGCCCCAAUUCCCAUUCCCGCUCCCCAUUACCCCUUCCCGCCUCCCCAAUUCCCCUUCCCGCUCCCCAUUACCCCUUCCCUCCUCCCCGUGACCCCUUCCCGCUUCCCCAUUACCCCUUCCCGCCUCCCCGUUUCCCCUUCCCACUCCCCAUUUCCCCUUCCCGCCUCCCCAAUUCCCCUUCCCGCCUCCCCAAUUCCCCUUCCCGCCUCCCCAAUUCCCCUUCCCGCCUCCCCAAUUCCCCUUCCCGACACCCCAUUUCCUCUUCCCGCUCCCCAUUACCCCUUCGCGCCUCCUCGUUUCCCCUUCCCGCUCCCCAUUACCCCUUCCUGCCUCUGCAAUUCCCCUUCCCGCCACCCCAUUUCCUCUUCUCGCUCCCCAUUAUCCCUUCCCGCCUCCCCGUUUCCCCUUCCCGCACCCCAUUACCCCUUCCCGCCGCCCCAAUUCCCAUUCCCGCUCCCCAUUACCCCUUCCCGCCUCCCCAAUUCCCCUUCCCGCUCCCCAUUACCCCUUCCCUCCUCCCCGUGACCCCUUCCCGCUUCCCCAUUACCCCUUCCCGCCUCCCCGUUUCCCCUUCCCACUCCCCAUUUCCCCUUCCCGCCUCCCCAAUUCCCCUUCCCGCCUCCCCAAUUCCCCUUCCCGCCUCCCCAAUUCCCCUUCCCGCCUCCCCAAUUCCCCUUCCCGACACCCCAAUUCCCCUUCCCGCCUCCCCGCUUCCCCUUCCCACUCCCGAUUAUCCCUUCUCGCCUCCCUUCUCAAACUGGCGAACACACAUCACAGUCGCCGCCCGAUCGCACAGCCUCGCUACCACCCCCUCAUUCCCCCCCUUUCUCCCUCUCAUCCUCCCCCCUGCUCACUGUUAUGUCCCCCCUUCUCUCGCUCAUGUACCCCCCUUCUUCCUCUCAUUUCCCCCCCUUAUCCCUCUCAUUCUCCCCCCUGCUCCUUCUCAUUCCCCCCUUAACCACUCAGUUAAAUGCCACAUAACCUCCCUCUCAAUUCCCCUCAUUCCCCCCCCCUUCCCCCUCUCGUUUCCCCCCAUCUCCCUCUCCUUUCCCCACGUGCUCCUUCUCAUUCCCCCCCCCUUCUCCAUCUCGUUUCCCCCCCGCUCAUUUCCCCCCAUCUCCUUUCAUUUUCCCCCCUUCUCCCUCUCAUACGCUUCUAACCCCUACCUGUACCAUUCCCUUCCAUACCCCAGCCAUACCCAUCCAUCCCCUGUCAUACCCUUCCAUUCCCUUCCAUACCCUUCCAUACCUUCCAUUCCCUUCCAUACCCUUCCAUUCCCUUCCAUACCCUUCCAUUCCCUUCCAUACCCUUCCAUUCCCUUCCAUACCCUUCCAUACCCCAGCCAUACCCAUCCAUCCCCUGUCAUACCCUUCCAUUCCCUUCCAUACCCUUCCAUUCCCUUCCAUACCCUUCCAUACCCUUCCAUUCCCUUCCAUACCUACCAUUCCCUUCCAUACCCCAGCCAUACCCUUCCAUACCCUUCCAUUCCCUUCCAUACACUUCCAUUCCCUUCCAUACACUUCCAUUCCCUUCCAUUCCCUGCCAUUCCCUUCCAUUCCCUGCAUUCGUGCACAGGCAUAUGA